CUUUCUCUGUGUUCUCACUGUUUCGAGUUUUAUAUGAAGUAUUUUCGUCGCGUUAGGGUUUAAUUAUUUUUGGAAAGAAGAUGGCAAUGGAAAAACCCGAUGCGCAGCCGAAGGCGGACGAGGAGAACGGAGAGGUGAAGGAGUUGGGGUUAGGGUUUCGUACUCUUCCUAACCCUCCUCCCCCUUCUUCCCAUGGGACAGACGCCAUCGAUGGCGACCUCGAGAAGGUGGGCCCGGACGAAAAGAUAGCGGAGAAGCUCCAAUUCUGCGCUGUAGAUCAGAAAAAGUGCACUGGAGGAGUCGGAGCUUUUGAGACUGAGGCGGACCGUGGAGAGAAGUCGGAUGAGGAGGGGGGUGUGGGUGGUGAGAAGGAAGGAUUGACGGGGAAAGCUGAUGUCGAGAAGGUCUGGGAGACGUCCAAGAAAGUCGAUGCCGCGUCCAAGGAUGACGAAGGGGAGAACAGGAGUAUGGGGAUUUCUUACCCGCAGAGGCCUGGGCAGCUUGACUGUGCUUACUACUUGAGGACUGGGAUUUGUGGAUACGGAGCCAACUGCAAGUUUAAUCAUCCUCCGAGAAUAAGGCUCACUCAGCUUGAAAAUCUGAAGGCAAGAACUCGGGAGCCAGAAUUGGUUCAGCCUAUUAGCAUGGAGGAAAAGGAGGAAUUCCCAGAAAAGGCUGGGCGAAAAGAAUGCAAGUUCUUCUUAAUGCCGGGAGGUUGCAAGUUUAGAAAUUCCUGCAUGUUUGCUCACUCUCAACAAAAACCUGAAGUAUCCGGAAUUAGGCUUAACUUUUUAGGGCUUCCAAUCCGAACAGGAGAAAAAGAAUGCCCCUACUACAUGCGCACUGGCAGUUGCAAAUUUUCGAGUAACUGCUGGUUUAACCAUCCUGAUCCUACUGUUGUAACUGCACAAGAUUGUGUAUUGGAAUAUCAAAAUGGUGGAUCUCCUAAACGACAUGCUUCAGCGGAAAUGAAUAUGCCAAAUCACAUUCAUAGCUUCAACCAAACAGUUACUCACUUGGAUUCCUUACCAUCUUACAUCCCAAGCUUCGUCCCUCCUCCUAAAGGUUUCAACUUCAACCCUAACUUAAGGUCCCAGGUCCCAUCAAGCCCAUCUUUCCCUUCAUCGAGGAAUAUACAGCAGCCUUUGUGUGCAAUUUCCAUUAGUAAUACAAGUGCUAUACAGCAGCAGGGAGACAUGGUGUAUCCUGAGAGACCUGGUCAACCAGAGUGUCCAUACUUUAUGAAGACUGGAGAUUGUAAAUUCAAAUCAGCAUGUAAAUUUCAUCAUCCAAGAAGUCGCCUUACAGGAAUUUCUAGUUGCAAUAUUAGUCCUCUAGGGCUUCCCUUGAGACCUGAUCAACCAGUCUGUGCAUUUUAUAGCCGUCUCGGAAUCUGCAAAUAUGGGCCUGCUUGUAAGUUUGAUCAUCCAAUGGAUUUUGCUUCUUCGGCAUCACCAACAGGAAGAUCUGGAGAAGUUUCAGACUUGUGAAGAUGCUGAAAGAGAAGCCCUUCAAAGUACCUUAGUCUGACAAUCACCAAAUUGCUAUGCGGUGGAUCUGACUGCUGAUUAGCACAACUGAACGACCACCAGCUUUGGUAUUUUUUGUUCUCCAGCAACAAUUAAGUUGCUAUAUAUAUAUUUUUUAUUUUUUUCUCAGUGUUUUUGUACUGUAUAUAAAACCUUGCUGCCGAUAUGUUGCAAGUACUUUAGAGUUUGUAUCUUUUGUGGGGACAUCUACUGCAGGGGCGGGCUAUUUUUUCUUGAAAGCCGAGAUGGAAUAUUUAGUAAUAUCUGCAUUCCCAGUAAUGACUGUUGAUAUGGGCUU